CCGGCCGUUCCUAGCAAAGCCCCCGGGACACCCCUCCCGAGAACCAUCAUGUCGACCUACGAGACUGCACAAGACCAAUUCAUCAUUGUCAAUGGUAUCAGGUAUGCCUACCGACGUUUUGGUCUCACCACUGGGAUCCCACUCUUCUUGCACAUCCACUUCCGGGGAACAAUGGACCACUGGGACCCGGCCUUCAUCAACCCCCUCGCAGAACAUCGGCCCAUCAUCAUUCUGGACAACGCUGGUGUUGGACGCUCUGAAGGAAAUAUCCCCAUGGCAUUCACGGCCUGGGCUCAAGUUGUUAUAGACGUGCUUACCGCACUGGGCGUAAAGCAGAUUGACCUCCUUGGGUUCUCCAUGGGAGGUUGUACCGCGCAGUUGAUUGCCUUGAAUGCACCACAUCUAGUCCGACGCCUCAUCCUUGCUGCGACAAUUUCGAGCACAGGAGAAGGCGUGGUGCACGUCCAGGGCAUGGAGCCGUUUAUGAAAUUGAAAUCUGCAUCGACGAAGAACGAGCAGCUUGAGGCUUUUCUGCUUAGCUUCUUUGGGCCGUCUGAGAGGAGUCAAGCCGCGGGGAAAGCGUCGUUCGAACGCAUCCACUCCGCAAGGCCAAAUCGGGUUGACUACAUAGAUGUAGAAACCGCGGAGAGACAGACCGUGGCCUAUUUCAAUUUCCAGAAACCCGAGAAUGAGGAUGCUGGCUCAUAUAACCGAUUUCUCGAAUUGGAGAUGCCGGUCCUCAUCGCAAAUGGAAGUGAUGAUUUGCUACUUCCUACGGAGAACAGCUAUGUAAUGUGGAAGAAACUCUCCAAUACGGAUGCUCAACUACAUCUGUAUCCCGACUCUGGUCAUGGCUUUCUCUAUCAGUACGCAAAUCAAUUCACGAAGCUCAUCAACAAUUUCCUUGACGCGGAGAUAUCUGCAGCUGGGAAGAGCCGCCUAUAAGCAUGUGCCUAUUUCUAAAGUUAAAAGCGUCGUUGCAUUAUGGAAUAGUAAAUCUACUACCACAGCAUGGCGGAAGAAUACAUACACACGCGUGAAGUUUGAACACGACAGGGGAAUCUACUAACACGCAAAUUAAGCGGCCAAUGAGGUUUGCG